AUGGUUGGAACGGACAUGACCUGUGAGCUUCCUAGUUCGCUCGAGCUUACCGGCCAGACGCUCGAGACUCUUCAGACAAUGUCAGUGUCUGGUCCAUGGACGACGAUUACAGCGGUGGCUGGUGGUGUUUCCCUGCGUAGUUCAAAGUCGAUGUCGGCUGAGGGAGCGAAAGCCUGGCGAUGUCCUUGCUGCCGAGCAUGGUCUCCGCUUCGCCUUACCCUGAAGCACACAGCUAACAAAAGUGGAUCGCGCAAGUCACCAUCUGCUUCCCGCCCCGUCGAAUACCUGAAGCCACUCGCGCCGGUGUCUAAGCAGCCUGACGGGGCCCGUCCCAUGUCCAUGGGCCCUCGCCGUGCGAGCGGCGGCAUGCCGAUGCCGGACGGCUACCUCGUGUCGACAUUACGCCGCCAACAACAGAUGUCCGUCGGCCCGAAGGGAGGCCAGUAUCUGUCGCCGAACUAUUCUCCACAACCCACGAUCGGAGGCCAGUAUCUGUCGCCGAACUAUUCUCCACAACCCACGAUCGUGUGGAACGGCGCCGCGCAGGCUGCUGAGGCCGCAAAGCAGAAGGGGAACACCGAUUUCGGCCCUGGGUCCAACACGAGUCCGUCGGGGUCGGUCAGGAGCUCGAAGCGCGGCAACCGCAACAGCGUCGGCCCGCCACCGUCCAGGUCUAGCCGCCUCGGCAGGCCUGCUGGAUGGGAUGAGGUCAUUGCCCCUAUUGAGGAGAAAACCGAAUACGGCAGUACCGCCGAAAACAGCGUCAAGUUCGCUAAGGGCGGGCAGGCGGCGAUGCCAGUGAUGGCACAGCGAUGA